GUUGUGUUCUCAAUCGAUGAUGCCCAGUCUUUCGAGGAGGCAAAAAGAAUUGUCGAAGAAAUACAAGAAGAGAGGAUGAAGAAAGUGCCAAUUGUUCUCGUUGCGAACAAAUGUGAUCUUCAUGAAGACAUCAUGAAUUGGAAGGUGAAAGGAUCUCACCAGUACGCCUACACUCGUGCUAUUCCUAUUGUGGAGUGCAGUGCAAAACGUCAUUCAGAGGUAGAUGACGCAUUCAAAGAGCUUCUUGAAAGACUUCGAGAUGAGAACAGAAUAGGUAUCACCAAUAUGCGAAAGAGAAGGCAAUCUAUGCCUAGUACAAGAGCUUAUAGCGGUAUUGACGUGGCUGAUGUGGAAAAGCUGAAAAGCAAGCAGAAAUCGAAUUGUGUGAUCUCUUGA